ACCAUACCAGAAUCACCAUUCGAAAGUCCUAAAUAUUUCCACAAUCUCUGUUUGCCAUAAUGGAUAUGGACAGGGUUGUGUACAGUCGUCGUGCCUCUCGCAUUACCAUUUUUGCUCAAUUGUUUGGGAUCCUCGCCAUCAUCCUCCUGCUCAUCUGGCUGCUGCAUUUUCGCGAGGGGAUUGAGUAUGAUUCUUUCAACGGAUACCGAGUCUUCAACGUCCACCCUCUUCUGAUGUUCAUGGGUUAUAUCUUCAUGUCGGGUCAAGCAAUGAUGGCGUACCAUACGAUACCGAGCGAGAGGUCAACCCAGAAGUUCAUGCACAUGUUGCUCCACUUGAUUGCUUUCGUGCUGGGAAUCGUUGGUUUAUGCGCCGUGUUCAAGUUCCACGACAUGGCCCACCUGGAGAAUGUGUUCAGCCUCCAUUCUUGGAUUGGCAUCGGCACUUUCUCCUUGUAUGGCUUGCAGUGGGUUGUUGGAUUCUUGACGUUCAUGGGAAGAGCUCAGGAGGAAACGAAGAUGAGAGUGGCUCCGUGGCACAUAGCAGGUGGGAGAGCUCUGCUGUACAUGAGCAUAUGUGCUGCUCUCACGGGUUUGAUGGAGAAGUACACUUUCUUAAGCUUGAACCACAUCCUGCGAUACGGCGAAGGACGUUUGAUGAACUUCACGGGUCUCGCUAUUCUCUUGUUCGGUGUUUUUGUUGAUCUCAGUGUUGCCCUUGCCCACUAUGUCUGAACUCUCAACACGCCCUGUCCUCCUUCCUCUUCUUGCUCUUCACUCCUCCUCCCCCCCCCCUCUCUCUAUAUAUACAUUUAUGUAUUUAUAUUUCCUUUUCAACUCUUUCAAUUCAUUUUGUAAUCAUUCUCAUAUUCAUUUCCUCUCAAUAAUAACAUGGUGUGUAUAAA